AUGUCUUCAAGGCUUCUGACUUUGUUCGUGGGCAUCUUUGUAGCAUGUGCAGCAGAUAUACAGCCUGCUAAGAGAAGCGCGGGAGGCUGGGAUGUAUCCGGGCUAAUACCCGGCCUAGUGCAAGUUACCGGUGUUAAUGCUGCUCCAGGAUGGUCGUCCGAUACAAGUUCCGAUGUAGCUGGCGCUAUAGCUGCAGCGAAAGCAGCGGCAUCUGCUGUGAUGGCCGCUCAAAAACAAGUAGCUGCUGUUAGGCACGCUGCACUAGAGCAGCAAAGCGCUGCGAGUGCUAAGGAGGCCGAGGCUGCUAUUGCUGCCCACAAAAGUGAAGAAGCAUCAAGAACUGCUCGAGCGCAUGCCCUCGAAGCUGCCCAAGCAGCAGUGAACGCUCAAGCUCAAUUAGCUGCAGCCAAAGCACGUGCUGCCGCUGCUCAGAAGAUUGCUGCCGCUCGGGAAGCUGCUGCAGCUAGAGCAAUCCAACGCGCAGCUCAAAAUCAAGCUGCAAAGUUGCAAAGUGCUGACCUAGAAGCACUGAAGUUGUCAGUAAUCCAAAGCUCGGGAGCCGCUGGUGCAGCCGGUGCAGCACAGCACGCAGCCACAGCCGCCGCUGCAGCUUUACGUCCAGCUGGAUGGACACCAUCUUGGAAGGCUACCUGGAAUCCUUCUGCAGCCUGGGCUUGGCCUUAA